UGGCAUUUUUGUUUCUAGCCGCGACGGUCACAUUGGCGCAGCACCCAGAAGAGAGAGACAAAAAACUGAGACAGAAACAGCUCAGCAACCAAAAUAAUAACAAUUAAUAAUACUAAGUGUCCGCUGAAGAUAUUAUACGAAAUAAAGGCAAACGCUCGCUAGCAGUUAGCCCAGCUAGUACUAGUUUUUUUUCCUUUUCGUUUUGGCAGCAGUCUCUCUUGGUUAUUUACUUGUUUUUUUUUUUUUUGUUGCGACGCAUAAAUCGUCUCUUAAUCGAUAUAUAAGUUAACGGAAGAGUACAAAAACAAGGCGAAAGAUUUGCAGAGUUAAUGUCGCAGUUACUUUUUGUGCAGCAACAACAACAUUGGCAGUAGACAACAACAAAAACAACAGAAUCAUAAACGAAUAACGACGAAAAAGAAAUUAAAAUAAAACGUACGACGCAGUCUGUAUUGGUGGUGUGCGUGAGUGUGUGUGUGUUUGUGUGCGAGUGAGCCAGCAAUAGGGCUCUGCGUCGACGGCGGCAGCGGCAGAAGAAGAAACAAAAAAAUAGAAAAGUUCAGUUUUUUCAAACAAAACUCAAGCUUCGCAGUUGAGAGUUUGCUGCGCGUCUCGAAAAAGCUAAAAUCUGUAAAUUAGUAGCAGUCCAACAAUUAAGCAACACUUGGAGGGCGUGGCAAAAUCAAAUUAAGGGGCGAGAAAACACAGAGAGUGAAAAAGCAAGACGCAGUUGGGGAUUUUGUUGCUGCUGCUGCCGCCUGCAACAAACGAAGAUAAUAAAAAAGAGGAGCUCCAAAAAGAACAACAAACUAGAAAGCACACACCAAAAAGGAAGUCAACAACAACAAAAGCUAAAGAGAGAGCAAAAAAGAGCGAGCAGCUGAAAACAUAUGAUUUUUGUUUGUGUUGUUGUUUUUGUGCGCGCUUUGCGGAACGUGUGAGAAAAGUGGAACGAGCGAAACGAGUGGCAUUGUUGUUGUGUUUCAGCUGCUGCUGAUUCAACCAACGAACAGCAACAACAACGCAAGUGUUGACAACAAGAGAGCCAGCGAGAGAGUGAGAGGGAAAGCAAGCAAAAAGCAACCGCCGAUCAGACGCAGUGUCUCCAAAAGAGGCGACAAAAGAGAAUCGCAUAAGCGAGAGCAACAAGCGAGGACUGCCAACCGCCAACCGCCACCCACUGCCACCCCAGAGUCAACUGCCAACAGCCACCCACAAAAACAAACAGCCAACCACUGACCACCAGUGUGGAGGCACAGCAUCAUUGGCAGCAGCUGUGGUAGCAGCUAGACGCGGAGCGAUUCCGGCGCCCAGCAGUCACCACCACCACCACCGGCGUAUCCCAGCAGCCGCCGCAACAUGUCCGCGGACUCGCCACGCCGCCAUCCCUCCGGCGUGGUCGGUUCCGGCCUUGGAUCGGUCUCCGGAUCCGGUUCGGGCUUGGGUUCCGGUCUGGGCUCCAAUUCCGUCGGCGGCGGCGGCAGCAGCAGCAGCAAAUCGGGCACAUCGGUGCCCGCCAUUGUGCCACCGCAAACCGUAUCGGAUCGGUCGAUUCUCGACUCGGCGAUUGGGUUCAUCAACGAUGUAACUCUGGCCAAUCAACCGGUGCAGGAUCCCAAGGACACCAUCACCUGGGCGCGCUUCGAAACGGCUGCGGAUGUGAGUGAUCCCCGCUUUGGCGACGAUUGGGAACUGGAGGGCAAUGCAGCGCCGCCACUGUUGCUGAUCCUCGGUUAUGGUCUGGGUGUCCAGGUGUGGGCAAUUCCGGCCAAUGGCGAGGCGGUCGAGGUGCUAUCCUGGCGCCACGGCGUCGUCACCGCCCUCCGGGUGCUGCCCACACCGGCGACGGCUGCCGGUCUGGACGAGAACGGACGCGCAGAUGAGCCAAUCGAUGCUUUUGCCGAGAAACGGCCGCUGGUGGCGUUCGUCGAUGGAGGCAGUGCAGCGGCCAGUGGCCUUUUGGCCGGCGGCUCGGGUUUGGGUGGCGGCGGCGGCGUCGGAGGAAUCACAUCAGUUGGCGGCGCCGGUGGAGGAGUUGGCGGAAUUGGCGUUUCGGCCGCUGUUCAAUUCAGCGCCGUCAAUUUCAUGUCCCUCAAAACGGGCGUCCAGGUGAAGACGAUUAAGUUCAAGAACGCCGUGCUCGACAUCCAGGCGAAUCGUUCGGCGGUGGUCAUCACGUUCCACGAACGAAUCGCCGUCUUCGAUGCCAGGACGCUGGAGGAUCGCCUCACCAUCACCACCUGCUAUCCCAGUCCGGGGAUCAAUCCCAAUCCCAUUGCGCUGGGACCGCGUUGGCUGGCGUAUGCGGAGCACAAGCUGCUGCACUCAAAGCGCAGUGGCGGCGGGUGCGAUGGCGAGGGCGUUCCCAGCUACACGGCCACCGUGCUCAAUGCGGCCAAGUCGUUUGGCAAGGGACUGCGAGAGCUGGGCGAGCAGGUGGCCGCCGGCUUGACGGGCACAACCGGUGGCAGCGGCGCCAGUUCGAAGAGCAGCAGCUUCGACUCGGCCAGCGGCGGUCCGGAUGCCAAGCAGUCCGGCGUGGUCACCAUCAUCGAUGUGAAGCAUCCGGUGAAGGACUACAGUCCCACGUCGGGCACUCCUUUGAGCUCCACGGGCGGCUCACAAGGCGGUGGCGAUCCGAUUGUGGCUCAUUUUGUGGCCCACAGCGAGGCCUUGGUCGCCAUGGAGUUCGACAGCUCCGGCAUGUUGCUGCUAACCGCCGACCGACGUGGCCAUGAUUUCCACGUGUUUCGCGUGCAGCCGCAUCCCGUGGGUCCCAGCUUGGCCGCCGUUCAUCAUCUGUAUGUGCUGCAUCGCGGCGAUACUAGCGCCAAGGUGCAGCACAUCGCCUUCUCGCUGGACUCGCGCUGGGCGGCGGUGUCCACGCUGCGCGGCACCACCCACGUCUUCCCCAUCACGCCCUACGGCGGCGCCAUGGGCGUUCGCACGCACACCUCGCUGCACGUGGUCAACAAGCUGUCGCGCUUCCACCGGAGCGCCGGCCUGGGUGCCGAUGGCCGUUCCAGUUCGCCGAUCUCGCACUCGGAGAGCACAACGUUUGUGCAAUCUCUGCAGCCGUACCACAAUCCCACAUUGCCGCCGUAUCCGCGUCCGUCGGUGGUGCAGCCAUUGGCCCAGUUGCGUCAGCCCUUCACGCUGGGAUCGCCGCCUGGAUCGGCGGGCCUGGGUGUUGGGAGCGGAGUUGGUGGCGUCGGUGGUCCGGGCGUUAGUUCCGGUGGUCAUGGCGGUCAUGGCGGUCAUGGCGUUGGCGUGGGCGGCAGCAGCAGCCAGCGGCAGCGACAGCGACUGAGCUCGCUAUCGGAUGACAGCGGGAAACCGCUGAGCGUCUGCUCCAUCUUCGCCAAGUCGCGUUCCUGGCUCCUGGAGCCACCGAUGGCAACGCGCGAGCAACCGCAUCGCGUCCAGCGCAAGGCGGUCGACUCGCUCUUCGUGAUGGCCGGCCACGGGGCACUUAUUCAAUACGAUCUGGACACGAAGCAAGCCUCACAUGUUGCCAAAGAGAAGAUUUGUGAUGAUACGCCCAUCGAACUGGAGGUGGAGGCACGCGCCCAAUGGAACUUGGGCCGGCGCAAGGAUGGAUCUCAAGAAAUCGCACCACCGCUGACGCUGGACAAUUGGCUGAUCAAGGAUCGCCAUGCCAGCCUGCUGCUGGACAGCGCCCACAAUUUCGACGAGCCGGAUGAGCGGUCCGAGAGUUGGUUGGCCCAGGUGGAGAUCAUCACGCAUGCGGGUCCCCAUCGCCGGCUGUGGAUGGGACCGCAGUUCGUCUUCAAGAACUACAAUACGCCCAGCGGCUCAAAUCUAAACCACGUUGAUGCAGAGGCGGUGGAGAUUGGUGUUACCAAGACGUCGACCACCACGUUGCCAUCGACGGCAGCUGGUGCCUCGAGCCUGGGAGUGGGUUCGCUGGGCGGCAAGGAUCGCUCCAGUCCGCUGAACAUGCCCCUCAAUGCAGCCACAUCCGUUGGAGGAGCUGGCAUCGGUAGCUCGGCGGUGACGGGACGCAGUGGUGCCGGAGUACCGGUUCUCAUCGAAUCGGGUUCGUACAGCAGCAUUGAGCAGAGUCCCAAGCUGAUGGAUCGCUUCCGACAUGGUCACCUGGAUUCGGAUUAUGGACAUGGUGAUACCCGUUUGAAGGAGGACUUGGCGGAUGCCAUGCGCGAAUCCCCAUCAACGGCAGCGGCGCGUCGUGAGAAUUCGGCCGGAGAUCAGGUUGCACCAUCGAUCACCAGUGGCGAUCACCACCUGGCCACCGCAUCCUCUCCAGCUUCUGGGGAACACCUGACCGCCGUUGGAGGUGGCAGUUCCUCGAAUUGUGAUAAUGCCUGCUAUUACGAUGCCCUCGCCGAGCACGAGAGUCUCAACGAUCUGGACGAGGUGGAGGUGGAGCACCAGCACCAGCACCAGCAUCAUCAUCAUCAUCAGCAGCAGCAAUCGGAUGCGGAGAUGGAUUCCAUUUCGGCAUUGGCCUCCGUUCUGCCCAACAUUUGCAGCUAUUCCCGGGUGGAGAAAAUGGUCAAUCCAUUGGGCACUGUCACCGAUUUGAAUGCCGGCAUCUCGGGGGAACUGCAAACGGAUAUGCUCGACGAGGUGGUUGGCCAACUGGCCGCCGAGGAGACGGUGAUCCAUGAGAAUUGCGAUGAGGCUCUAUUUCGACCAGUGGUGGCCAUCUUUUGCAGCGAUCCGGUUGAAAGGCAAAAGCUUCUGCAGAAGAGCGAGCAAACCACUGAGGAAGCUGCGCAAUCGGAACUCAUCGAACAGGCCAGUUGUCAGCCGCCUGUGGUGCUGGUGAAUAAGCUGAUUGUGCCGGUGAUUGCCAAGGAAGUGGACGAGGUGCUCGUCCAGAAGGAGAAGCAAAAGUCCCAAAAGCAAUCGCAGAAGCAGCAACAUCAGCAGCAACAGCAACAUCAGCAGAAAACCCUGAGAUCUUUGGCAGCAGCCGAGGAUGCCGCGCAGGCGCAGAAAUUCGCCGAGCUUUCGAACCUAAAUAAGCCAAAGGGUAACAACAAUAACAACAACAACAAUAACAACAAUAAAACUGCCAGCCAAAAAAGUGGAAGUGGAACGUCCGAGGAUGAGGCCACUGCCACCAUCGCGAAAUCAGCGAAGAAGGCCAACAACAAGAGUAACAAGCAAAAGACCAGCGGAAAAGUCAGUGAAAGGAAGCCGGAGAUCCAGAAGGUCCAAGAGCUGGAGAUCAUCACGGUGGAGGAGGAGGAGCCAGUGGUGGUGAAGAAACCCCAGGAUGAAAAGGAGCAGCAGCAGGAGAUCUCCGAUGCGGAAUCGGAUCAUGCUGAUAGUUUGUUGGCCAACAAAAAUAGCAUUGCCGCCGUCAUGGUGAGCAGUGCCAGUGCCCAAGGUUUGAGUUUGCAUGUGGAGAUGAGUGCGCCGGGUGCUGAGGACGAGGAUGCGGAGGAAGAGGAUCAGUCGGAUCAGCAGAAUCCGGAGGAGGAGGUCCCCAAGAUGGCUAAAAAGAAACAACAACUCGGAGGAUCAGUGGCAACCAUGACAAUCGACAGAGAAAAGGAGCUGAAGCUGAAGGAAAAGGAAAGAAAAGCAAGACAGGACGAGAAGGAAAGGGAAGAACGAAUGAAGCUUAAGGAAGCAGAAGAAAAGUUAAAAGAGAAGGAACGAGAAGAAAAGCUAAAGGAAAAGGAACGAGAAGAAAGGCUUAAGGAGGAAAGAAUUAAGAAGGAAAAAGAAGAAAAACUUAAAGAAAAGUUGAGAGAAGAAAAGCUUAAGGAAGAAAAGAUAAAGGAAAAAGAGCGAGAAGAAAGGCUCAAGGAGAAGGAACGAGAAGAAAAGCUGAAGGAGAAAGAAAGGCAGGAAAAGCUCAAGGAAGAAAAGUUAAAGGAAAAAGAGAAAGAAGAAAAGCUAAAAGAGAAGCAAAGGGAAGAAAAGCUAAGACAAGAAAAGAUUAAGGAGAAGGAAAGGGAAGAAAGGUUAAGAAAGGAGCGCGAAGAAAAGGAAAGAGAGGAGAAACUCAAGGAAAAGGAACGUGAAGAGAAACUCAAGGAGAAGGAAAGAGCUGAGAAAAUCAAGGAAAAGGAAAGGGAAGAAAAGCUCAAGGAAAAGGAACGAGAAGAAAAGCUUCAGGAGGAAAGAAUCAAGGAGGAGCUGCUCAAGAAAAAGGAAAAGGAGGAGAAGCUAAAAGAAAAGGAGCGAGAAGAGAAGCUCAAGGAGAAGGAAAGGCAAGAAAAGCUCAAAGAGAAAGAACUGGAGGAAAAGCUCAAAGAAAAAGAAAAGGAAGAGAGGCUUAAGGAGAAGGAGAGAGCCGAAAAGCUGAAGGAGCUUGAAAGAGAAGUCAAGUUGAAGGAGAAAGAGGAGCAGCUGAGAGAAAAGGAAAGAGAGGCCAAGCUCAAGGAGAAAAAGGAGAAAGAGAGGGCCAAGGAGAAAGCUCUGGAAGCCGAAAAGCCCCUCAUCAUCCCGGCGACCACUGUGACCAGUCCAUGGAGACGGGUCGUCGAGGAGACACCACCCAAGCUGCCCGCCGCUCAGGAUUAUCCCAGUUUGGGCAAGAAACCAACCAAAUCGAGUCCGGAAAAUAAGCGGGAUGAGAAACUUCUGCCGGGAUUGAUUACACCACCCAAAGAGGUGGUGAAGGACAACUUCGAGGACUUUCUGAGCGGGCUGAAGCCACUGGAAGAUCUGCCACCACUUCCCGCCCUCGAACCACUGGAGGUCAAGGAGGACUCCAAGAAGGAAGCGGUUAGCCUGAUCAACUUCGAGAGUCCUCUCCAGGAGAAUGCGGCCGCCGUUCCAAGGAAGAUUUCUCCACCGCCACGAGGAUUCACGGAACAAAAUUUGAUACUAGCUCUUUGCGGUUCGCUGCACUAUGAGAACGAACAGGAAAGGUUAAGGGACUCCGACCCGGAAGCCCAAUCCGAGGUGGUUACCCCACCGGAACCGGUUUACAUAACCCUCGAAGCGCUCUCCCUGCAGAAGUCCACAUCCACUUCGAACAACUCAUCGGGUUCCGAGGAGAUUGUCGUGAUGGAGGAGCCGGUAAAGAAGCUGAGCAAGAAGCACAAGCGACUGAAGCAACUCCAAUUGCAGCAGCAGCAGCAGCAACAUCAACAGCAAAGGGAUCGGGAACCGGAUGACGAGGAGCUGCGUCCCCUGAUCAGCAUCAGCAUGUGUGACUCCCAGUUGGAACUGCAAGAGGGACACCCCGGCAAGGAGGUUCCCUAUAAAAACCAGCAGGCGGAGGAGGAUGGGGAGGAUAUAGAAGUGGAGGUGGAACCAGAGCAAUCACUGCCCGAGGAUCUGUUGCACUUUGGCAGCAGUGGCGUGGCCACCACCACCACAAAUGCCACAAGCACAACUGAUAGCGAAGGUCCCAUUCCGGCGACCACAUCCGAUGACAAUCUGGUGUAUACCUCGUGCUCCUCCUCCGCCGCUGCGCCGCACAAGCUAAAGACCAAGAAGCUGGAGCAUAAGAUCAACCUGAUAGCGGCCAUCGAGGCGGCCACCUCGUCCUCCACGUCGUCGGCGGAGGAGAGCAGUGUGGAGACGACGGUUCACUCGGAUCCCACGGGCUUGGGUUUGUCCCUGGGCAUUGGAUUGUCCGGCGGCGGAGUAUCCGGUUCGGCUGGUCAUUCAGGAGUGGGAGGAAUAGGUGGAGCCACCUCUGGAGGUGCAGCUACUGCGGGUAUCACCUCGGUGGGCGUGGGCGUUGGUGUGGGCGUGGCCAGCCCGCCGAGUGCCACAAAGAAGAAGACGAAGCGACGCAAGAGAUAAGAAUUAGCGAUAUGUUUGCUGUGCGUCUUUAGCCUGGUGGUUCUAUGGCAUCUGUACACCGCCAAUCGACAGGAUGGCGGAGCACCCACUGCCCAUGCCCUCCAGCAGGAUCCAGAGUCUUCAGAGGAUCAGCAGGGGUCUUUGGAGCGGCCAGAAGAGCCCAAUGCCAUUCUGAAACAGGAGGAAGGUGAUCAGCCGGCGGUGGACAGAACCAGAGCCAAGUAGGGAAACCAAGGACAUCAUUCCCCCAAAAAUCCAGGACAGCAGCAAACGAAGGGAGGGACACUCCUCCACCAAAAACAAAUUUCAAAAGUUAUAUAUUAUAUAUAAUAUAUACAAACAGGAUACAGCAACCACGACAAACGAUGAUGACUCUAGAUUCUUUACUUUUUAGCUGUGUGCAAAGUAAAAACGUAUAUCAUUUCACUAAACACUAAACAAAAACAAACAAACAAACAAACAAAAAAAAAAAACAACAAAACAAAAAACACAAAACUCUGCAAAAAAAUUGUGAUUUAUCGAAAAGAA